GACCCGAGAUAUUCAACACCAGGCAGCUGCUGUGCAUAAUAAGCACAGUCAGUGCAACUUGAAGGGACUCGACAUCGCAAAUAACCGAAAGAAGAAUUGAUGCACUGCCAGUGGUUCAUGCCGUCACGGGUCAUGCAGCAUCGAAAUCUGCAAGCGCGCUCCAACGCGUACGCUCACCUUAUGAUAAUCACCAUGCAACAGGAAGCAAUUGAAACACACGAUCAUGCAUGGGAGCGUCUGGUCAAAGCUGCAGUGCACCGUGCUAUUUACAAUGCUGAACCACGAGCACUCUCUCCGUGUCUUGAAAACACACGAACCACCGUUCUGAAGAACAUCCGGCAGAUAGUGGAUGAGAAGAGCCAAAAAAAUGUCUGGUUGCACGGUUUUCCAGGCUCAGGAAAAACAUCCAUCUUGUUCACGAUUGCGGAGGAGCUACGGGCACAAGGACGUCUUGCCGGAACUUUUUUCUUCUCGCACAACAGUGUGGACACAAUGAUGUGCGAUUAUGUCGUACCAACCCUUGCCUACCAGUUGGCCCUUGCAUUCCCGUCGGUGAAAAGCGAUAUCAUCAGAAGCGUUGCUGAUGAUCCUGCAUUACUAUCAGACCUGAAAUCUCGACAAGAUCAGAUACAAAGUCUCAUCAUCAAGCAUUUUUGGAGACUCCAAUUCAGGUCUCCUGUAGCAUUCAUCAUCGAUGCACUAGACGAAUCAAGUUCCCCCUUAGAGGCUGUACGGGUGGCAUGCUUACUAGCGGAAGCCAUACGUGCCUACAAGGUUCUUGACGACAAGCCACUCAACGCCCACAUUAUUAUAGCUAGCCGACUCAGCCUGCACGUCAAUGAAGGGACUCCCGGGCGGCUAGGAUUCGGAGAUAUCCAAAAAAUAUCUUUGCAGGAUGAUGAUUGGGAGACACGCACAGACAUCCAUCGCUUCCUUGUGCACGAAUUCCAGCACAUCGUCAAUUCUCGUAAACUUAGUCUUGGAGACGUACCAGAGUGGCCAUCUCCAAGUCAAAUGGAUACUCUCGCUGUCAAGGUCGGGAACUCAUUUCUAUGCGCAUCCAUAGCGAUGAAAUAUAUUUCCCACCCGAAAAAAUACCCUCCAUCGAGGUUGGACGCAUUCCUGACAUCACCUAGUGCUACAGCAGACGCUUACGCCGACCUGGAUCACACGUAUCAGGAGAUCAUCAGGGACAAUAACGACUUGAUCAGACAUCUGAUCGAUAUCGUCAAUCUGGCGCAGCCGCUGCCACGUUCUCAUCUCUUGCAGUUUUUCCCUUCGGAUCAGAGCGAGGGACACAACCUGGCUCUGGAAGAAUUUUCGUCGAUUCUCGUCGUGUCACCUGAUCAACCCAUGAUUCCCAUCCAACCUUAUCAUUCAUCACUCAUCGAGUUUUUCGCGGACCCGAUGCGCUGUCAUGCCCAUUACAUCGAGCCUACAGAGAUUCAUAGUGGACUCGCACUCCAGUGUUUUAGGAUUCUGGAAAAACUCAAGACAAAUUUGUGUGAUCUGUCAGAUCAUACAACUAUAGCCGUCGAAGACAGUCAUUUCUGGCAUAAACGAGAUGUCAUGCUUCCUGAAAGCCUGAAAUACGCUUGUCGUAACUGGGCGCACCAUCUAGCUCGUGCGGAUUACAGUGAUGAUGUUAACUCCGCAUUAGAGAAUUUUCUCCGUGUCAACAUCCUGCAAUGGAUCGAAGCCUUUUGUCACCUAGGAGAGCUCAGUGAUGGUCCAACAAUUUUACGAAAAGCCCAUGCCGCGGUUGUCGCAUGGCCCCCCAUGCAACAUCGUAAUUUUACACCGAUAAACAGGUCGCUUGCGACUGCGGAACAAAUUAUUAUCCUUUAUUUUGAUCCCAUCAGCCUGUUCCCCCUCCAGGUUUACCACAUUGUAGCAGCACUUGCAGAUUUAUCUGGAAAACCUCUAGAUCCUAGUUCUAAUGUGUUGGUCCACAGGUGUGGUACGGCUUCUGAUAGUGCAUAUCUAUUUCCCGUGUCCGGAUUGCAGUCUUCGCCGGCGAAUCCAGGACCAUCUCAAGGACGACAUUGUGAGGGGGCGGAUCCUGGAGUUUUAGGUAUCUUGGCGGAUUGUAGUCGCUGGAUAUCGAAUUCUGACUUAGGUGCAUUUCAUCUGACAGAUAUAUCUUUGGAUCUAUCUGAUCUUGAACCGCAAAGCGUUUCACGAUACUACAUUGGUCAACUCAGGCCUUGGGUUUUCCUGGAGAUAACAUCGGAAAAUUCCAAACAAGUGUCUUCUAUUCAACCGAUCUUAGUCAGUCAUAAUGUGCAAGUGGAAUUGGGCAAUAUGACGAUCCUUGCCGAGGCAGAUCACCGCUGUCGACUUCGGGUUCUGCUUUCAACGUCGAAGAAGACCUCAAAGUCUAGCAUGAUUCUGGGGGAGUGGUUGUUCAGCUUUCGGGCUCUGAUGGAGCACGCUGGUUUCAACAAUAGGCUCAGACUCGAUAUGCGACACAAAAUCCCGGUAGACAUCAGCUAUACAUUGCGCAUCCCAGAAUGGGACACUGGAAGUCUGCGCUUUACUGUUACUCCUGUGCCUGAUUUCAGCCAGGCCAGUAAACGCACGCAGAUGAUCCUAGGACAGUUCCCUGGACCACAUCCGUCAAAUCUGUCGCCCGGGAUCUUUACUACUCCAAAUUUCUCCUCAACCAAGAAAAAUGGUGAGAAAUGUGGCCCUGAAGGAGCCGGGCGGAUAUGAGAGGAUAACCACCGUCUUCAAGAGAGAACUAAGUCUAAUCGUAUUUGGAGUCCGGAACCCAAAAAUUUACCUAAGUCACAGAUACGACUUGAAACAGUCACUGCUAGACUGGGCUGGGCAGUAUCCGGCCGCUAUAUAGGACAUAGU